GUUCUCGUAGGUUAGGUUUCGCUGUGUGUUGACUUGACUUGAGUUUAAAAAUUAAAACUAACCUCUUUUCGGUGACUUGACGACACCAUAGCACAUAAGUCUUGUUACGUUUGUUUUACCUUAGUGUUAUUAAUGAUAGUUUAAAACUAAAAUACCUUGAGGUGCAUGUGAUAUUUUUAAGGUAGGCCUAGACAAUUCUAAAAUCAUGGAAGAAGUUCACUUAACCACAAUCAAACCCAAAAACAACGUUUUAUUGUUGGCUCAAGAAAUUUCUUUUGCUAAAGUUUUAGCCUGUAAUGAUAAACGCUUGAGGGAUCGAGGUGUGAGAAGACUGAAAAAAUGGUUUAUGGCACGGUCUCAAGGUUCCAUGGACUUUACCAAGGAUGAUUUUAUGCGAAUUUGGAAAGGACUAUUCUAUUGUAUGUGGAUGUCUGACAAACCUCUGGUUCAAGAAGAUUUAGCAGAAGAAAUAAGCAAACUGAUUCACAGUUUUGCAAAUUUCAAAGCAUCUCUGUUGUUUAUUGAAACAUUCUUCUCCUCUCUAUCAAUUGAGUGGUUUGGUAUUGACCAGCUCCGACUGGAUAAGUAUUUGAUGUUGGUGCGGAGAUUCAUUCGUCAGAGUUUGGAGCUCGUUGCACGAUCAGGAUGGCGCGACUCUGAGGUCAAACAACUCACCCACGUGUAUCACCAGACGCUCACCUCCGCACCUAUGGGUCUCAACAUGCAUAUCAUAGAGGUCUUCUGUGAGGAGCUGGCUAAGGUGGGGAAAGGCGAACUGUCUAGUUCCACAAUCCUACAGUUUAUCACAGUGUUUGCCAAGGUCAUGGCGAAUUUGAAAGACGGCCGAAUGAUUUCCCAGAUCAUGAGAUAUGUUUUCUUGCACCUCAUUCGUCAAACAGAACUGGGAAUCGAACAUCAUAUGAAGGAACAGGCCUGGAAGGAGUAUGGGUUUCCUGGAGGCGAUGUGGAUGCAGCAGAAAAGAUAGAAGCGGAUUCUGAUGAAGAAGUGGAAGAGGAAAGUGAAGAUGGAGAAGAGUGGGAGGAAGAGAGAGAAGUGGCACAAGAUGCUAGAGCAGGCAGAGUAGACGUGCUGCUACCUCCGCUGGACUUUGAUAUCAGGGAUUUGUUAGAAGUGCUGCGAGAACUCAGAAACAUGAAAGAGACGACGACCAAGGCCAGGAAAACACUCAUACAACUUAUAGCCAAAUAUGAAAAUUUGGCAGCAGGAAAAUACCCUCUUGGAAUUCACAAGGUAGAUUUACCUAAUAAAGUAGAUAAAAAGAAGGAAAUAACUCAAGCAGCUAAAAGGUUAUUGAUGGAGGAAGAGAAACGCCGAAGAGAAGAAGAUGAUGAUGUAGAAACUGGUUUAAGCAAGAGAAAAAGUAAAAAACUGAAAGUGUUGAAGGAGAAAACAUCAUUUUGGAAAGUUUCAGAGUCAAAUGAAAGUGCUGAUAACUCUUUGUCGGAGACGAACACAUCUUGGGAAGUUAGUGAAUCAGAGAGUAAAUCAACUAAAACAAAAAAAACGCAAAACAAGAGAAAGCUCAAAGAAGAAAGUAAUGGAAACUCUAGUGAACAUAUGAAAAAAUUAAAGAUUUCACAGUUUUCUGUCACCGAAAGUAAAGAUAAUUCUAUCAAGUCUACUGAAACAAGUACUCCAAAGGCAAAAAAUGUGAACCUGAAUAAUUCUGAGUUUUCAGUGAGUGACUGUAAAAUAAUUACUCCUAAAUCAUCGGAAAAAAAGACGCUGAAAAAGAGUACACCUAAAUUCACAGCCAAGUCUCCUAAAACGAGUACUCCAAAGGCCGAAAACGCAAACCUUGAUAAUUCUCAGUUAUUAGUUAAUGACUGUAAAAUAAUUACUCCUAAAACGUCAAAACAAAAGACGCCAAAAACGAGUACACCUCAUAUCACAACCACUUCUGAAAAUAUCACACCACACGUGGAAGAAAUUAAGACACCUCUAACAAGGAAGGAUAAGAAUAAAACUAAGAGAAAUAAAAGAUUGAAAAAUUCAUCUACCGACAUUCCAACAGAAGAAAUUCAGAGUCCAGAAAUCGAUAGUACUACCAAUAAUUCUGAAAUGGCAAACGGUGAGAGUAGAAUCUCAGCAGAAACCUCAAGUCUCCAGCUAAACACUUCGACAACAGACAAAAACAACGGAUGGGGAGGAGAAUGGGAGGACAAACCGCAGGAUGUUGAGUACGAGAUAUUUAUACCUAACAAGAAGUAUGUAGAAAAAAGAAAAUCCCUUGGACUCCCGUUCCCUGUCUCGUCAUUUGUCCAAAAAUCUGCUGAGAAAGUAACACCAGUCAAUAAAUCAAAGAGGAUACAACAAAACCAAUCUGCAACUCCUGGGAGUCAGAAGAAAGUUGAAUUCAAUCUGAGUGCCAACCGAGCCCAAGAAUACAAAGAGUACGCAAAGAAACUAAAAACUGCCAAAAAUGAAAUCGCUUUCGACGCAUCAAAAAAACCUGUGCAAGGUUUACUUAAAAACUCAACCCCAAGUCCUAUCAACCCGUUUUACAAGAAAAAGCUGAAUUUCUUGAAAAAAUCUCCAACUAGCAGUUGAAUUUAAAGUUGGUACAUUUGUUAUAAAUGUAAAUUUUUUACAGUCUUCUGGAAUAUUAAAGAUUAAGUUCUGCACAUGGAA